UUCUACAUUCUGAUAAUUAGGAGUGAGAUUCAACAAAACAAUUUAGAUGUUUAGGAAAUAAGGUGUGAAGUAGGAGCCCCUAAUUUGUAUUUGUUUUUUUUAUUUUGGUGUUGAUGCAGUGUUUGGCUAAUUCAGACUGAUCAGCGCCUGACGUCAUUUGCGUGUUUAUUAAAGUUGCCGUGAGUUAGGGUUCAGAUUAGGUUGGGAGGAUACAUUUAGGACAUACGUUCGUGGGUCGCGAUAACCAAGAUGGCGGUCACGGGCUGAUCUCUCCGAAUUUACCCAGUGUUUAUUAUGGUGUCUAUUUUGGUGUUUAUAAAGUGUUUAUUGUGGCUUGAGAGAGCGUUACCUUCCCACCGGUCGUGUCAGAUCUUUCUUUGGUACAAACUGUGCAGUUGUUUCACUCGACCGGAAGCUCCUCCAUGUUUCUGUUGCAUGUUGGUAUGUAAAAGGAAACAUAUUAAUAGCGAUAGACUCAUCCUAAAAUUCUCUAAAAUAAAAAAAAAUAAUUUAAAAAAAAUAAUAAUUCCUUGCGUAUUCCUGUCCGGAACUUAACGCUAUAGAGUCAACAUUAUUUUCAUAUGUUGAAAUUCAACACAAGAGAUUCCGUUUCAGGUGGUUCAAUGAACGCAUUAACACAAAGAGAAAAUUAGGAGUUAAUGAAAACAAAAAAAAUAGAGAUUUGUUUCACCUUUAAAACACUGAACACACUAUCAUGAUUUUACAAUCAACACAACGUACAAUACAAUAUAAAGUCAAAAUAUCUGACUGACCAGUCUUAAAGACAAUCGUACGAUCAUGUAGCAGCUAGUCAAAUCAUAACCGAAUGCAUAUCAAUAACGUAUUGAUUGAAUUAAUAGUAUUAUUUACUGUUGGAGAUAUUAUUGUUUUCAUUUUAUCCAUUUAUUUUUUUUAAUUUUUAAAGUGUAUCAGUUAAUAUUUGUAAUUAUUUGGGUCGCAGGAUAAUCUAAAAAUAAUCUCUCGUAUUUUGAGAAAUUACUAACGGCACUUUUCGAUUUCCAUUUCAGAACUGACAAUUAUAAAUGUUUGCAAUAACCAAUUUUUUCAUAACUGGAUUUGUUUUGCUGAUUAGUUUCUUAAAGUUUGGAGGUAAAUAUUCAUGUUUCUUUAAUAAACACAGCUAAUCUAAUGUUUGGAGUCAGCUAUUCAUAAUUAAUUCUCUCUCUCUCUCUCUCUCUCUCUCUCUCUCUCUCUCUCUCUCUCUCUCUCUCUCUCUCUCUCUCUCUCUCUCUCUCUCUCUCUCUCUCUCUCUCUCUCUCACUCAACAACAUUAUAGAAGGCUCUAUAUGUUAACAACUUAUAGAAUGCCUUAUAUUCUAACAAUGCUAUAGAAUCUCUUAUGUUCUAACAUUGUAAUAGUAUGUCAUAUAGUCUAACAAUGGUAUGAGAUGUUUUCUAUUCUAACAAUUUUAUAGCAUGAUCUAUAUUCUAUGAAUUUUUUAGAAUGUCUAAUUUCUAACAAUGAUUUAAUACAUAUUAAAUCUUAACAAUAUUAUAGAAUUACUUUAUCUAACGAUAAAAUAGUAUGUCUGAUAAGUAUUCUAUCAAAACAAUGUGUUAUAGCCUGUGUUUUGGCCUAAUUUCGCUUCCUUAGUUGUAGCGUCCAACACUUACCUUUCCAUAUUUUUGGUUCUUAAUGACCUCACCUAUUAAAUGUGUAGUGCUCUAUCAUUGCUCUCCCUUCAUUGCUAGAAGGUUAUUUACUCUCCAAUAUAUUUGAAAUGGAAUGCGUUCGGGUGAUGAAAUUUCUAGAAUUUCUUUUCGGGACGAUUCCAACACUCUCCCUACAAAGAAGCCGGCAGGUAUUUCCAGGCGGGACAAACUCUCGCUACUUUCCCUUGACAUUUACGAGAUGUACAUACUGAUAGGAGGCUUUAAAAGUUGUACAAUAUGUACACAUAUAUAUAUAUAUAUAUAUAUAUAUAUAUAUCUCGUUUUCUUCUUAUACUGUUGUUCAGUAAGUCUUACCUAUUGUUGAUCUAACGUGACAAAUUUUAAACAGAUGAUUUUUGCGAAGCGAUAAAACGGUUGGUAACAGAAAGCCUCAUGGGCGUAUGUCUGGUAUCUUUGACAUCGGGUUUUCUAUGCUACUUGCAUUUCAGGGUGCCUAAUGUGCUACCAAUGUGGCUCAACAACGGAUGCGUCCGACUGCUUCACUGACGUGGGCGGGCUCGUGAAUGCCUCCAAGGGGCUCAGGUCCAACUAUCACUACGCUAAGAACUGCACGGCCUCCAAACCUGAAUGGGAUCGUUGUAUGAUUGAGGAAGCUAAAGCAGCAAAUGGUCAGUUAUAGGAUCGUUGUAUGAUUGAGGAAGCUAAAGCAGCAAAUGGUCAGUUAUAGGAUCGUUGUAUGAUUGAGGAAGCUAAAGCAGCAAAUGGUCAGUUAGAUCGUUGUAUGAUUGAGGAAGCUAAAGUAGAAAAUGGUCAGUUAGAUCGUUGUAUGAUUGAGGAAGCUAAAGUAGAAAAUGGUCAGUUAUAGAAUGGCUGGUGGAUGGCGAGAGCUGAUACAAAUGAUCGGGUAUAAUAUUAUGAUGGUUGUAUGAUAGAGAGAGCUGAUACAAAUGGUCAGGUGUAGGAUGGUUUUAUGAUAGAGAGGGUUAUAAUAAUGGUCAGUAAUAGGAUGGUUGUAUGAUGGAAACAGCUGACACAAUGGUCAGUUAUAGAAUUUUAGUAUGAUUGAGAAAGAUAAUAGAAAUGGUCAGUUAUAGAAUAAUGGUAUGAUUGAGAAAGAUAAUAGAAAUGGUCAGUUAUAUGAUGGUUGUAUGAUAUAGAAAGCUGAUACAAUGGUCAGUUAUAGGAUUGUUUUUUUUUUAUAGUUAGAGCUGAAACAAAUGGUCAUGUAUAGGAUAGUUGUAUGAAAGAGACAGCUGACACAAAUUGUCAGUUCUACAAUGGUUGCAUGAUAGAGAAGGUUGAUACAAAUGAUCAAUUUUGCGACGGUUUGUGUGAUAGAGACAGCUGAAACAAAUGGUAAGUUAUAGGAUGGUUGUAUGAUAGAGACGGCUUAUACAAAAGGUAGAGGAGACCACUUUGAUUAACCCUAUUUUGAAAGUCACUAAGCUGACAGGCUCGGAAUUUCCUUCACUUGUAAACAUUACCGGCAAUUUAUAUAGGGAUAACUAGAUAAUGUAUCAGAUUGCUACGAACUUCACAUUUUUGUUAGUGCAUUACCCAGUUUUUAAACUUGACUUAAAACCGCAAUUUGACCAUGUUUGUUUUAUAACAUGCUGUCAAAGAAAAACUGUGAGUGAGAUUUAAAACGUUUUUGCCAGUAUAAUCAACGUCCAAACCUAUACAAAUAUAAUAAAAUCAGAAUUAGACUAGUCGGUGAGAUUUGACUGAAACCGUCGCGGAAAGUCACAUUAUCGAUAGGAGAAUGGGGACAACGCGCGGGCCGCAUUAACUUUUAAACUGUGCUGUCAGGUAUCGUGCGGUGAAAUAUCGUCUUGCGGGCCUCAAAUGGGCCGCGGUAGGACAUUUCAUCUAUUUACCUACAUUGUCUAUUGUUUUUAAAUUUACAUUUCGUCCACUUACAUACCUUGUCUAUUACUGUUUACAUUACAUAUUGUUUCAUCGAAUUACAUUGUCUGUGACUUUUUACAUUACAUUUCGUCUACUUAAAUACAUUAUCUUUUACUUUUUACCUUACAUUUUGCCUACUUUCAUACGUUGUCUAUUACUGUUCACAUUACAUAUCGUCUACUGACAUACGUUGUCUGUUACUGUUCACAUUACACAUCGUCUACUUACAUACAUUGUCUAUUACUGUCCACAUUACAUAUCGCCUACUGACAUACCUUGUCUAUUACUGUUCACAUUACAUAUCGUCUAAACACAUACAUUGCCUUGUUGUUCCAGAUAAGGUGUCACUCUUCCACCGUGGUUGUCAUGACGGCAAGACUUUCCUUGCUGACGAUCCUCGAUUCGUACACUUAAAGCCCAACAACGCAUCGACCUGCGCCAUCAUUAACGAGUUGGAUAUGGUCAUCUGCUACAGUUUCUGCAUGACCGACUUUUGCAAUGGCCCCCAACCCGAAGACAAGGUGCCGUGCAAUGAGACCGGCUACGGCGAGACAUGUGGCGCUCCGGGAACUCCAAGAGACUGCCUUUUGUAUGCCUUCAUGAUGAUCAUCGCGACACACAUCGUAUAUUGCCUGAUUUAAACAUUGUUGGAUCUACUUUAUGCAAGGCUCCGUGUAAUAUGGAUCAUGGAAUAGCUAAGCAAUCUGUUGGUUGGCAGUAGGGAGUAUGGGAUAGCUUAAAAAUAUGCUGGUGGGCUGUAGGGAUCAUUGGAUAGCUUAGAAAUAUGCUGGUUGGCUGCAUGGAUCAUGGGAUAUCUAAGCAACCUAGUUGUUUGGUAACAGGGAUAACGAGUUGAAAUUAGCAGUCUCCUUUACAAUAAUUCAACCUUGUCCUUUUGAAAUGUUGAUAUGCGACUGAUCUUGAUCGUAUUCACAUAUACAUUAUGAAGGCCUUGCUACCGCAUUGGGAAAACUUACCCUAUACCCCUACCGCGUUUGGUGACACAUAAGCCAACUGUAAACCCUAACAAUCUCAUUCAGUAACAUUCUACAAUAAACCUAAUCGCCUACUAUUGCAUUUGAUAACAUGUGUCGUCUCACGCCUGAACACGAAGAAUGUUACAGUGAUAAACGUCCACAAUCAGCCAAUAUGAAUUGUCAUGCUUCUUUUAUAUACAAAAAAAAAAAAAAGUCUGAGUCUUUCCUUAACGUAAACUUCCAGGGUGAAGUUUUAAUUCCUUACCAUUUUUUUAAAAUGUAAAGUUAUUAUAUUAUUAUUAUUAUGGCUACAUGACGGCUUCAUAGGCGUAGAAGGAAGCUUACCAGCGACAGUCGUCGUUUGAAUUUUGAGGGCCGGCUACCAAUUUUUAAAAUAUUUUUUCCCUUUGCCUUCAAACUUGAUAGUUUACAUUUUUUUCACCUAGCAACAUUAAACCUCUUAAAAAUACAGAUUCCCCCAGCAGCUACAUGGAUUGCAGAGCCCGGAGGACUUUUCUGGUACCAACAUUUGCGAAAGUGGGACUGACAGUUCUGUAAUCUUGAUCAGAAAAUAGUUUGACUAAUUUAGGUGCCACCGUGGUCAUCGUGGCCAUAAGGGUCAUCGUUAAACAGGCAGUAUUGAAUUAUUAUUAUUUAUUUUUUUAAUGACGGUUCUCCACCAGUGGCUCUGGGGCCCAUUUAGGACUGGGGCUUGUUGCACUAAAUCUCUCUAGUAAUUCAAUCUAUCUGUUAUCCAUCCCAAUUGUUGCUCCUCUGGCCACCAUUAAUUUGUCUACUCCCAUUUAAUUCCAUGUUUUUGACAUUGUAUUGUUCAAUGUGUUGAACAAUGUAGCCUAGCAAUGUGUUUAACAAUAUAGUCUUAUAAUGUGUUUAACAAUGUAGCCGAGCAAUGUGUUUAUCAAAAUAGUCUUAUAAUGUGUUUAACAAUGUAGCCGAGCAAUGUGUUUAACAAAAGUGUCUUAUAAUGUGUUUAGCCAUGUAGCCGAGCAAUGUGUUUAACAAUAUAGUCUUAUAAUGUGUUUAACAAUGUAGACGAGCAAUAUGUUUAACAAAAUAGUCUUAUAGUGUGUUUAACAAUUUAGCCGAGCAAUGUGUUUAACAAAAUAGUCUUAUAAUGUGUUUAACAAUGUAGCCUAGCAAUGUGUUUAACAAAAUAGUCUUAUAAUGUGUUUAACAAUGUAGCCGAGCAAUGUGUUUAACAAAAUUGUCUUAUAAUGUGUUUAACAAUAGAUGACAAUGUUUACGCGUGUAAAUAAUUACUGUAAAAACAUCAUGCUAUGAAUUACGUUCACAAAUAGUGGACAUAAAAUUAAACUAUAAAACAAAAUAUCAAAAUCUAUUUUUAAGGAUGAUGCAAAUAAAUCACAUUGUGUUCAUGAUUUAUAAGUAACUAUAUUUUCCCUGGUUACGUCGUACAUUUUAAGUGUUUAAAUGGUGUUUAGUGGCGUCGUUUCAAUGUUCAUAAUAGUCUAAACUUUAAAUCCAAAAAGUAAUUACAGUAAAUUCUUCGCGACGUUCCUACUGGCAAAAUGAC